ACUAUGUGUAUUGCGUGCAUUUUUUCAUGUUUGAAUUUCCCACAAAAACAAAAUUUGCAAUCUAUUAGUUAUUAAUUCGCUUCUACGAACGCGUACGAUAUUGCUCUCAAUUAUUAUCUUUUAUUAUUAGAGUUAUUUUACGUUUGUAAACACAUCGGGGAUUGUAAGAAACGAAGUUUAGAAAAAUUCGACAUGCACACUUUACGUUGGACAUUCGCGCUUUUUACUCUGACCGGUCUUAUACGACCGUCCACGUGGAAAUAUUUAUGGAAAAGAGUUUUGUACAAUGUUUACACGAUCGUCGUGUUGCUGUUGCUCUUCAGUUUCGAAACUUCCCUGAUUCUGGAUCUUGUCAUCAACGUGGAUAAUCAAGAUGCUUUUAGUGAAAAUUUGUACGUAACGCUGGUACUCUUCUCCAGCUGUUGCAAGGCUAUCGUGCUACUAAUUAAUCGAGGAAAUAUUGAAAUUUUAAUGGGCGUUCUGUUAGAGAAACCUUUCGCACCUGUGAACGACGAAGAGAUUGAAAUUCGAACGAAAUUCGAGGAACGAAUCGAAUGGAACUCCAAAGCUUACUCGUUUGUACUUCACUUCUUCGUGGCCUGGCUAUGGAUAGGCGCAUUUCUUACAGACUUCAGACGUGGAAGACUGAAAUUUCGAGCCUGGAUACCUUAUGACUACAAUUCACCGCUUCUCUUUCUUUUUAGCUUUAUUCAUCAGAUCCUGGCCACGAUAUUCAGCACGAACUUGAACAUCGUUUGCGAUUGUUUGUUCAGCGGUAUACUGAUUCACAUUUAUUGCCAAUUCGAAAUCCUUGAACACCGUAUGAAGAACAUCAUGACGGACAAAAAUUACUCGGCGAAAUUCUGUGCGCAUCAUCAUCACCGCAUAUACAAAUUCGCAUCGAUGGUGAACGAUAACUUCAAAAUGAUCAUGUCGAUGCAAUUCUUGAUAAGCACCGGAGCCGUGUGUUUCAAUCUUUAUCGAUUGUCGGUGAUGGAAUUUGGCCCGAAAUUUAUGGAAACAGCGACCUACACGUUGUGUCUGCUCAUGCAGGUAUUCUACUACUGUUGGUACGGCAACGAAGUGAAGCUGAAGAGUCUGGAAAUUCCUAACGCGGUGUUGGAAAGUAAUCUACCAUUUUUAAACGACAGCUCGAAGAAGAUUCUUUUACUGAUCAUGAGACGCGCGUUAGAACCUAUCGAAUUCACUAGUUGCCAUGUCAUCUCCAUGAAUCUCGAAUCUUUCGCUAUACUGCUGAAGACUUCCUACUCAGCGUACAAUUUGCUUCAACAAAGCAAACUAAACGACUAAGAACCAUCGUAUUUUAAUCCGAGUGCAAUAAGAAACAUGGACUACUCACAUGCAAACUAAUACAAAUGUUCUUUUUUUUUUACGACACACAUCAAUAAAUCAAUAUGUCAUUUCCCGUCCUGCUUUUUCUUUUGCUCGAAAUAAAAAUAAAAACCAUUCUUUGGCUAAUUAGUGCUCUGAUAAAACUAGAAAUGUCAACAUUAGUUGAACAAGC